UGUUAUUAUUUUUUAUACUAGUAACAUUAUAAUAUAACCUCUGUGCAGGAAAAAUAUAUUUUGGGUUUUGUAAAAAAUCCUAUUUAAUUGGAUUUAUAUUUCCCCAAAAAACCCAACAUGUCUAAUCUUCCUUACGGCCCGCCUGUGAAAAUCUCACCUUUGAUCAGAUUUGGUCGCUGGUCGUUCCUGACAGCCGGCAUCCUGUACGGCGCCUUCCACCAGAGCCGCCUCUCCAAGAAGGAGACCAAGCUGCGAGAGAUCGAAGCCAAGGAGAAGGUAGUCAGGGACGAGAGGCUGAAGAAGGAGAAGGCAAUCGCUGCUGCCGCUGAACUAAAAGCCCUGGAAGAAAUGGUCGCCACCAAGAAAUAGAGGGAAGCACUGUCAACGUCUAGUUUAUAAGUCAAUAGUGGGUACCGUCAAUAUAAUGCCGCCAUUUUGAUACCAGUGUUGCCAUAUGUAAAAAGAUCUUACAAAUAAUGGACAAUAUAAAACAAAAUGGUGAUAAUUCCAACUUAAUAAAUUAUGUUGUAUUUAUAAAAAUAUAGCUGUUUAAAAUAUUA